AGCUACAACUGUUCUUGCUGGAGAGGAUACACCCCGACAAACACAUCUUUGCCCAUUAACACUAGCAAUCCUUGCAUAGAUUUUAACGAAUGUGACACAGAUCCAUGUGGUCAAAAUUCCACAUGCUCCAACACGGUUGGCAGCUACAACUGUUCUUGCUGGAGAGGAUACACCCCGACAAAUACAUCUCUGCCCAUUACUUCUACCAACCCAUGCAUAGAUGUAAAUGAAUGUGACUUUGAUGCAUGUGGUCUAAACUCCACCUGCUCCAACUCGGUUGGCAGCUACAGUUGCGCUUGCUGGAGAGGAUACAGACCAACAAACUCGUCUCUGCCUAUUAGCAGCAGCAACCCCUGCAUAGGUCCUGUUCAACUGUACAAGUACAGGGUUGAGAUUGAGAUGGAAACAGUAGAUGCUGACCAACUGAAGAUGGAGUUGUCUGAACUUGACCUUCCUCUCCCACUCGCAACAACUGAACAAGUUGAGAUCACUGACAUCAAUGUCACAACAGUGUGUUACUCAAACACGAGUGGAUAUCGGUGUGUCUGUGAGGAGCAGUACACCUGGCCCCAUGACAGCUGUAUCACUUAUGGAGCCUGUGAUGAGUUCAGCGAAGGCACCUGUGGAUGUCUUAAUGGUUUACCGACAAAUGGGCCGUUCUGCCAGAGAGAUGUAAACGAAUGCGACUUUGAUCCAUGUGGUCUGAACUCCACCUGUGCAAACACCAUUGGCAGUUACAACUGUUCUUGCUGGAGAGGAUACACCCCAACAAACACAUCUUUGCCCAUUAACACCAGCAAUCCAUGCAUAGAUUUUAACGAAUGUGACACAGAUCCAUGUGGUCAAAAUUCCACCUGCUCUAAUACCAUUGGCAGCUACAACUGCUCUUGCUGGAGCGGAUACACUCCGACAAAUACAUCUCUGGCCAUUAUUUCUAGCAAUCCAUGCAUCGAUGUAAAUGAAUGUGACUUUGAUGCAUGUGGUCUAAACUCCACCUGCUCCAACUCGGUUGGCAGCUACAGUUGCGCUUGCUGGAGAGGAUACAGACCAACAAACUCGUCUCUGCCUAUUAGCAGCAGCAACCCCUGCAUAGAUAUAAAUGAAUGUGACUUUGAUCCAUGUGGUCCAAACUCCACCUGCUCCAACAUCAUUGGCAGCUACAACUGCUCUUGCUGGAGAGGAUAUGCUCCAACAAACUCGUCUCUGCCUAUUAGCAGCAGCAACCCCUGCAUAGGUCCUGUUCAACUGUACAAGUACAGGGUUGAGAUUGAGAUGGAAACAGUAGAUGCUGACCAACUGAAGAUGGAGUUGUCUGAACUUGACCUUCCUCUCCCACUCGCAACAACUGAACAAGUUGAGAUCACUGACAUCAAUGUCACAACAGUGUGUUACUCAAACACGAGUGGAUAUCGGUGUGUCUGUGAGGAGCAGUAUGCCUGGCCCCAUGACAGCUGUAUCACUUAUGGAGCCUGUGAUGAGUUCAGCGAAGGCACCUGUGGAUGUCUUAAUGGUUUACCGACAAAUGGGCCGUUCUGCCAGAGAGAUGUAAAUGAAUGCGACUUUGAUCCAUGUGGUCUGAACUCCACCUGUGCCAACACCAUUGGCAGCUACAACUGUUCUUGCUGGAGAGGAUACACCCCAACAAACACAUCUUUGCCCAUUAACACCAGCAAUCCAUGCAUAGAUAUAAAUGAAUGUGACUUUGAUGCAUGUGGUCUAAACUCCACCUGCUCCAACUCGGUUGGCAGCUACAACUGCUCUUGCUGGAGAGGAUACGCUCCAACAAACUCGUCUCUGCCUAUUAGCAGCAGCAACCCCUGCAUAGGACCUACAGAAGUGUACACAUAUGAGCUUGAUCUUGUGAUGAGAACAGUAGAUGCUGACCAACUAAAGAUGGAGUUGUCUGAACUUGACCUUCCUCUCCCACUCACAACAACUGAACAAAUUGAUAUCACUAACAUCAAUGUCACAACAGUGUGUUACUCAAACACGAGUGGAUAUCGGUGUGUCUGUGAGGAGCAGUAUGCCUGGCCCCAUGACAGCUGUAUCACUUAUGGAGCCUGUGAUGAGUUCAGCGAAGGCACCUGUGGAUGUCUUCAUGGUUUACCGACAAACGGACCGUUCUGCCAGAGAGAUGUAAAUGAAUGCGACUUUGAUCCAUGUGGUCUGAACUCCACCUGUGCCAACACCAUUGGCAGCUACAACUGUUCUUGCUGGAGAGGAUACACCCCAACAAACACAUCUUUGCCCAUUAACACCAGCAAUCCAUGCAUAGACAUCAAUGAAUGUGACUCUGAUCCAUGUGGUCAAAAUUCCACCUGCUUCAACACGAUCGGCAGCUACAACUGCUCUUGCUGGAGCGGAUACACUCCGACAAAUACAUCUCUGGCCAUUAGUUCUAGCAAUCCAUGCAUCGAUGUAAAUGAAUGUGACUUUGAUGCAUGUGGUCUAAACUCCACCUGCUCCAACUCGGUUGGCAGCUACAGUUGCUCUUGCUGGAGAGGAUACAGACCAACAAACUCGUCUCUGCCUAUUAGCAGCAGCAACCCCUGCAUAGGUCCUGUUCAACUGUACAAGUACAGGGUUGAGAUUGAGAUGGAAACAGUAGAUGCUGACCAACUGAAGAUGGAGUUGUCUGAACUUGACCUUCCUCUCCCACUCGCAACAACUGAACAAGUUGAGAUCACUGACAUCAAUGUCACAACAGUGUGUUACUCAAACACGAGUGGAUAUCGGUGUGUCUGUGAGGAGCAGUAUGCCUGGCCCCAUGACAACUGUAUCACUUAUGGAGCCUGUGAUGAGUUCAGCGAAGGCACCUGUGGAUGUCUUAAUGGUUUACCGACAAAUGGGCCGUUCUGCCAGAGAGAUGUAAAUGAAUGUGACUUUGAUGCAUGUGGUCUAAACUCCACCUGCUCCAACUUCGGUCCUGUUCAACUGUACAAAUACAGGGUUGAGAUUGAGAUGGAAACAGUAGAUGCUGACCAACUGAAGAUGGAGUUGUCUGAACUUGACCUUCCUCUCCCACUCAAACAACUGAACAAGUUGAGAUCACUGACAUCAAUGUCACAACAGACAUCAAUGAAUGUGACUCUGAUCCAUGUGGUCAAAAUUCCACCUGCUCAAACACAAUCGGCAGCUACAACUGCUCUUGCUGGAGCGGAUACACUCCGACAAAUACAUCUCUGGCCAUUAGUUCUAGCAAUCCUUGCAUCGCUACAGUUGCGCUUGCUGGAGAGGAUACAGACCAACAAACUCGUCUCUGCCUAUUAG